UGGCUCAAGACAGUGGGGCUCGGCUUCUGCGCGUGGCUUUAGGCCAUCUUGCAGAGGCCGGCGAUGCCUCGAGCAGGGCAUGGAGUCGCCACCGAGGAGCGGCGCCUGAACGCGGGGCUCCAGACGCUGCCCUCGGGGCUCAGCGCCUUUCCGGUGGCCAGGCAGAGCGCCUUCCAUCGGAGCAUCAACCAAAAGAUGCCGGAGCUCUGGUCCGACUUCUCCGACCGUGGCCUCCCACAGGCCCGAGCAGGCCCGCAUGAGAGGAUCGACAAGUACCACGGGGACCAUGACAUGUCCAGGACUUCUGCACCCCUCUCCUCCCGGCCCGGCAAGGUGGUGUUUGUUGGCCUUGCGGAGUUUGACAUGGACGGCAGGGUCUAUACCGCGGGGGAGAUGGACAGGAUGAUGAUGAUUGCUGCCUCGCAGAAGUACCCCUGCUCGCGGCCGGCCACCUUCGAUGAGUAUGCAGAGCGGUGCAUCCUGGGGGUCCCGGACCGGAACCGCAGUGGCCGGGAUGUGGUCUUUGUUGGCCCUGGCGCCACCGGAUGUGAACUUUUCCACACCAACACCUUAGGUGUUCAGAAGGCCGUCGUCCCGCCCGGCGAUAUGUUCGAUGGCACCUGGGGUACUGCCUCAUUGUACGGCCGCAAAUGUAUUCUUUGCGUGUGCCCUGUGCAGCGCCUGAAAAAGCAGCAGAGUCUCAUGCAGUUCGGGCUGGCGCGAACCACCUUGGGCAAGUCUGGGCGUCUGCGUCGCGCCGGAAGUCUGGCGUCCUUGACGGACAAGACGCAAUGGACCACAAGUAACUUUGGAGGCUCCACGCAUCAGGCGCGCAUGGCGCGCGCUGUGUCGAGCUUGAAAAGGGCGGCCCCCUUUGCUGGGAGGAAACUUAUGUGA